AUGUCCUGGAAGGAGAUGAACCUGCUCAGCAAACUGCCGCCAUAUCCUAAUAUGAUACCGUUUGACCGCAUUAUUCUCGAGGAGGUGGAGUCUCGAGUGAUUGGAUUCACAACAAAGUACAUCCCAGGUGGAACACUAGCCGACGCCGAUCCAAAAAGGCCUUUCCGAUUUGAAUGGUUACAGCAGCUUACUCAGCGAGUGGAUUUUCUGAACCUAGAAUUAGGGAUCAUGCAUCAAGACAUUGCACCACGGAAUUUGCUUGUCGACCCCGAGACAGACAAGAUUAUUCUCUUCGAUUUUGAUUGGGCCGCCAAUGGGAAGGAAGGUCUACUGGAUAGUCGAGAGGACGUGUCUGGUGUUGUAUUCACUCUAUAUGAGAUCAUCACCAACGAUACACAUGUCACAAGCAUUCCUCACUGGGACCGAAAUAUGGACAUGGUACAGAACAUUGAAUGGACUUGUCGCCGCGAACUAGACUCUGAUGUAUCAAAGUUUCGCAAGUUUCUGAAUGAGUGGAUAGCGACGAGAACCGACAGAGCCACAGAACGAUAUUUGAAUGCACCCAAGCGGCUUACAUGGCCGGAUCUCCCAACCCCUCCAGACUACAAUGUGCCCUUUGAGCUGGGUUGGACAGAGGAAGGGGAAACUAUUUGGCAAACGGGUGAGCGCUCGAGACGCAUUGCACUAGAGAAGGGGCAAUACUGCUUUCGGUGGGAAAGGCCACCACAAAGCAGGUUAUUGAAGAAAACCAAAGAUAGCAUGUAG